AUGCCGCCAUUUCUUCCUCCUCUUCCAACCCCAUGCGCGCCCAACUCGACCUCCCGCCCCGCCCGCGGCCUACUCCACGCUAUUCCUCACCGGAACCUGAAGCUGCCACCGGGCCGACGCGGCGGCCGAAUCACCAUCUCGUCCUCGUCGUCCACCUUGUCUGCCGCCCAAGACCUCAUCGCCGACGCCCCCACGCCGCGCGCGUUCUCCGCGCUAUUCAAGGCCGCCUCAUCCGCCACAUCCCCGUCCCCCUCCCUGGGCGUGCAGCUUCACGCGCAGGCCGUGGUGCGUGGCUUCCUGGGCGACGGGGAUAACAGUAACACCAUCCUCUCAACCGCUAUCCUCAACUUCUACGCCUCAUGCCGGGAGCCCGACCUCGCGCGGCAGGUGUUCGACGCAAUGGCACGCACGAACGCCGUUACCUGGAACGCGCUCAUCAAGGGAUAUGCGCAGGCGGGUCGACGGGAGGAGGCGCUGGAACUCUUCCGUGACAUGAGGAGACAGGGCCAUGUCGCUCCCGACAAGUACACAUUCCCAGCGUUGCUGUCCGGCAUUGGCAGGGAGCGCGGUGGCGGAUGCAUGCAAGAGCUCGGGGGAUCCAUGCACGCGCAAGUCAUCAAAUCUGGGCUGCACAAAGAUCCGUUUGUGGGUGCUUCACUCGUUUCUAUGUACGCGGCUAUAGGGGCGCUGGAAGAUGUGAAGGUCGUCUUCGAUGAUGUGGAUACUCUGGACCCAGUCGUCUGGUCUUCUAUGAUCUCUGCCUACGUCAACUGCAAGGAGGAACAAGGUGCUCUCCUAACAUUCUACAAGAUGCUGUGCCGAGAUAUUAAGCCGAGACAGUUUGUGUACUCUAGCCUGUUUGCCAUAUGUGGGAGUAUGUCGUUGCUGGAGAUGGGCAGGCAAGUUCAUGCCCACAGCCUGAAGAACAUCGCUGACAAGGAUGCUGCCAUGACAAAUGCACUUUUAACCAUGUACUCAGAUUGCGGAUGCAUUGAUGAUGCAUGGAGAGUCUUCAGUUCAAACGACGUUGUGGAUGUAGUAUCCUACAGUUCGAUGAUUUUGGCUCUUGGGCAGCAUGGACACCCGAAAGAAGCAUUUGAGCUGUUCAGGCAGAUGGAGUUUUCUGGUCUGGUACCUGAUGAGGUCACCUUACUGAAUCUUCUUUCUGCUUUCAAUCAUGCUGGUCUUGUUCAUGAAGGCUUACAUAUCUUUGAUUCCAUGUUGGAUAUACAAGGCAUAAAACCAACGUAUCAACACUAUGCCUGUGUAAUUGACAUGCUGGCUCGAUCAGGAGAAAUUGGGGAAGCCAUCAAAACAAUUAAUGAAAUGCCGUUUGAAGCCGGAACACCGUUAUGGAGGAUUGUUCUUGGUGCUUGUAGCAAACACCGUGAUAUUGCCACUGGCAUCAAGAUUGCAGAAAUGCUGUUUGAGAUGGAACCUUAUGAAGCCGCAAAUUAUAUACUACUUGGUAAUAUCUACACAAGAUUAGGAAGGUGGACAGAAGCAGAAAAGGUUAGAAGUGUGAUGGACAAGAGAGGUAUAGGUAGCUAUGAUGCAUUUAGCUGGAUUGAAAUGGGCAAAAAGACACAUAGAUUUGGUGUUGCUGACCGUUCACACCCUAUCUCUGAGGAGAUAUAUAGGAAUUUGGAUAGGUUGAUAGGCAGUAUCAAGGCUGCAGGUUAUGUGCCUGAUAUCAGUUUUGCUGCACACAACUUAGAAAAAGACGGAAGAGAAGAGUCACUACAUUAUCAUUGUGAAAAACUGGCCUUUGCUUUUGGGGAUUUAGCUUCUCCUUCUGGCAACACUCUCCGCAUCAUGAAGAACCUUCGGGCUUGUGGUGAUUGCCAUUCCGCAUACAAAUACUUCUCCCUCAUCACAGGAAGAAAAAUAAUACUGAGAGACAAUCACAGGUUUCAUCAUUUCAACAAUGGGGCUUGUUCAUGUGGUGACUAUUGGUGA